CGUUUCCUUAAAGUUAACUGAUCCCUUAUUGAGGUUAACCUGCUUCAUCAUGAAAAACUUGGCCGUCCUAAUCCUAGCUGUCGGUGCAGUUAUUGCUGCCCCCUUCGAUGAAGACCUGGACGAGAGUGCGGUGCCUCGUCGCCCCAAUUUUGAUAACGUGAAAUACUACGACUGCUCUGCGAAAGAAAACGGCAACUAUCUCCAUCCAAAUGACUGCACGAGAUUUAUUACAUGUAGUAAUGGCCGCGCUUCGGAUAUGGCAUGCCCAGAUUGCGAUGUGAACAAUAUAAAAGGUUGCCAAGGAAAUCCAUAUCUAGUUUACGAUGUGAAAAACGACACUUGUGAUUGGCCCAACGUGACCCCGUGUCACAAUUCCAGUUCAACGACGGCAGUCCCAAUUCCUGAUCCCAGCCCUCCCCCAACGGAAGCUCCCACCCAUCCCCCAACGGAAACUCCCACCCAUCCUCCGACGGAAGCCUCCACCGAUCCCCCAGCGCCUGGUGAUUGCAAAUACGCCGAAGGCGAUCCCUGUAACCCGAACGACUGUGACCAAUGCGACUACUGUGUCAACAAGAAGUCUUUUUACUACCGCUGUGCCCGAGUUGAGCCUGAAAACCCGCUCAAGCCGGCGACUGGAACUUGGGUCUUGGAACAGUGUGCCGAGGGUGAUUUUGUCGACGAUGCCAACCCUUUAGCAGCUAAACUAACCGGAGGACAAUGCACGCCAUGGGAUUUCCUUCACGAAGCGACAAAGGAAAAGUACAAAAACGACAAAAAUUGCAUUCCUGACAGGGAAAAGUGUGAAUAUGGACAGAACGCUGAUCAAAUCUGCGGCCCGAAUUAUUGGUUUAAGGAGACCACAAAGUCACCAAAGGAUGAAAGGUCGUGCCCCACUGGAAAUAUUUGGGAUCAGCAAAGACAAAAUUGUAAACCAUGCAAACAAGUGGAUUCCUGCAAGGAUCAUGCCACCUGUAUUUAAUAAUUAAUUUAAUUCGAGAACAGGCUGUUUUACUAUUAUGUUUGCUAUUAUUCAUCUAUCAGGCAGUGUGACAAAGGACUAUUUUCUCUAAGAGGAUACAUACAUAAAAUUUUAUUCGAUAACAUGAUCAUUUUAACAAUUCUUCAAACUAAGGCUUCGAUUAUUAACUCUUGCAAUUCUUUAUUCCAGUGUCAGCUCGUUACAUACUGGUUUACAAACUAGAUAUUAAACAUGUACAAUUAUGUCCAUAAAUAAUUACAAAAAGUACUUUUGUAAAUUUUUUAAUGGGCAUUGGUAUAAUGAAUGUAUAAUUAGUUUUCAAAAUUCCCAGAAACAUAUAGGUACAUAAUUCAGAGUAAUGUCUUUACAUAAAUA